AUGGCAAAACUGGUCAUCUUCGACUUCGAUGGAACACUCUUCGACACCCACGAGUCCAUUGAGCACAGUAUCAAACUCACUUUCGACACCCUGCUGCCUGCCCAUGUUCCCCCGCAGUCAGAAAUCCACCGCCUGAUCUCCAGCGGCGCAGGCCUGUCCGACACUUUUCGCGCGCUUCACCCCGCUGCCGAAACAUUCGCCGCUACGGAAACUCAAUGGAUCGACAAAUAUCGCGAGUUAUACGCUGUCCAUGGCCAAUUGCUCAUCAAGGCAUUCCCCGGAGCCAAAACGCUUCUCGAGGAACUGAAGGGCCAUCACAUCCCCACUGUCAUCGUUAGCAAUAAGGGUGUUGCAGCUGUCAAGACCGCACUGGAGCGUAACGGUCUGGAAGGAUAUAUCCCCGAGGACUUGAUUAUCGGCGAUAAAACACCAGGAGCGUUAAGGAAGCCCGACCCCUCGAGUUUUGUCAACGUCCUCGUGCCCGCAUUGAAGGCUCGUGGAAUCGACGGUGUGCAGGCUAGCGAGGUGCUCGUGGUAGGCGAUACAGUGGCUGAUAUUCAGUUCGCGAAGAACAUUGACGGCCGCGUGUGCUGGUGUCGGUAUGGAUACGGCGAUCGUGAGGCGUGCGAGGCCAUGGCACCCGAUUUCGUCGUCGAUUCGUUAAACCAAGUCGUUAGCAUCGUGCGGAAUGUGUGA